AUGGGCAGUGUUCCUGUAAGGCGAGUGGCCAUCAUUGGCGCCGGACCAGCGGGAGCUAUUGCCAUUGAUGCCCUUGCUCAAGAAAGAGCCUUUGACAUUAUUCGCGUUUUUGAGCGUCGAGAUAGGCCGGGGGGGUGCUGGAUAGAUGAUCCAUCGCAUCUUCCUACACUGUCCAAUUUUGAAUCGCUAGCAGCGCGUACAGCCGAUGCGCCACUCCCCAUACCGAAGACACUCCCGUCCCAGACAGAGCGGCAUGACCAACCUCGCUUCUCAGAGUCGUCAGUCUAUCCCUAUCUAGAGACGAAUAUUGAUUCUUUGGCUAUGGAAUUCAGCAAAGAGCCAAUUCCAGUGAAACGGAGCGAUCUUUCAAUAGCCAACCACGGACCAGACACCCCAUUUCGCAAGUGGGAUGUUAUACAAAAAUAUGUCCAAGGUCUUGUUGAUAGGAAAGGCUAUAGCGACUUUGUUUCUUACGAAACGACAGUGGAAAAAGUGGAAAAAGUCGGCACAGAGUGGAAAGUUAUAUUGCGGAAAAAUGGGAAACACCGCGAUUACUGGUGGGUUGAGUGGUUCGAUGCCGUCGUGGUCGCCAGUGGACAUUUCUGGGUACCUUACAUUCCUGCAAUAGAUGGGUUGGAAGAAUUUGAGAAAGCAAGGCCCGGCAGCAUAAUUCACAGCAAACAUUUCCGUGGUCGUAAGCAGUUUGCAAGUAAACGCGUCGUGGUGGUUGGAGCAUCCGUCUCUGGAGCUGACAUUGCCUUUGACCUUGCCAGUAUCGCACAAGCCCCUGUCCACGCUGUCACUAUUGGACACACAAUUAAUGGAUAUUUUGGAGGCGAAGCUUUUAAACAUCCCAAAAUAAAGAAUCAUCCUUCAAUUGUUAGGGUUGAGGGAAGAACUGUGCAUCUGAUAGAUGGAAAUUCUAUUACUGACGUUGACUAUAUAAUAUUUAGCACAGGCUACAGUUGGUCUCUGCCUUUUCUCCCUGAUGUCCCUGUACGGAAUAAUCGGGUUCCAGAUCUCUAUCAGCACGUCGUCUGGCAAAAAGACCCGACAUUGCUCUUUGUCGGUGCUGUGGCUGCGGGGUUGACAUUCAAAGUUUUCGAAUGGCAAGCAGUCCUGGCAGCACGCCUUCUUGCUGGUCAAGCUGUGCUCCCAUCUGUCGAAGAGAUGCGAAAGUGGGAGGCCGAGAGAAUCAAAGCACGUGGAGACGGUAUGAAAUUUACGUUAAUUUUUCCAGAUUUUGAAGAUUACUUUGAAACACUUAGACGGCUGGCUGGAGAAGGCGAGGAAGGAAAAGGACGCAAGCUUCCGCGGUUUCAAAGAGAAUGGAUAAGAGCUUUUCUUGAUGGUCAUGAACGUCGCAAAGCUAUGUGGAGACGACUCAACGAGAAAGCUCAAAUUGAGCUUAACGCGACUCAAGAUAAUAGACAUGAUAGAGCACGGCUAUAA